UUUGACAGGUUCUUUUAUACUUGGGCUCGGCUCUCCCAAACAAACGGACAUCAACUGAAAGUUUCCCCUCAGGGAUGAGACCUGGUAUGGCCGUUGCUCAUAGCGCAGCAGGAGUACUCUGAAACCAAGGCGAAAGCGGUAUUAAGUCAUGAUGCAGGAGUCGGCCAAUGAGACAAUAAGCAACAGUUCAAUGAGUCAAAAUGGAAUGAGCAGCCUAAGCAGCCAAUUAGAUGCUGGCAGUAGAGAUGGAAGAUCAAGUGGGGAGACGAGCAGUGAAGUAAGCGCAGUCGAGCUGCUGCAUCUGCAACAACAGCAGGCCCUACAAGCAGCAAGGCAAUUACUCCUACAGCAACCAGGCAGUGGCCUGAAAUCUCCAAAGAACAACGACAAACAGCGUCCGUUGCAGGUGCCAGUGUCUGUGGCAAUGAUGAGUCCACAGGUGAUCACACCCCAACAGAUGCAGCAGAUCCUUCAACAGCAGGUCCUUUCCCCCCAACAGCUCCAAGCCCUCCUACAACAACAACAAGCAGUCAUGCUUCAGCAGCAGCAGCAGCAGCAGCAGCAGCAGUUGGCGGCACAGCAGCUGGUCUUUCAGCAGCAGCUCUUGCAAAUGCAGCAACUGCAGCAGCAGCAGCACCUGCUCAACAUGCAGAGGCAGGGCCUCCUCUCUCUGCCCCCCGGCCCAGGACAGCCCACCCUCCCCGGACAGACUCUGCCGCCAGACAUACGUGAUCACAAACCUCCUGAUAAAGGGUCUUGUGUGCACAUGAACACAAAGAGCCAGCUGCUUUCUAAGAUGUGCUUGAUCGAUAACGGCAAGAUAAAACAGCCGAUGAGUUCGCUGCAUGAAGAGACCGGAGCAUCACACUCCCUCUAUGGUCAUGGAGUGUGCAAGUGGCCAGGAUGUGAAAGUAUUUGUGACGACUUUGGACAGUUUUUGAAGCACCUUAACAAUGAACAUGCUCUGGACGACAGGAGUACCGCCCAGUGCCGAGUACAGAUGCAGGUGGUACAGCAGCUAGAGAUACAGCUUUCUAAAGAACGUGAGCGUCUUCAGGCGAUGAUGGCACACUUGCACAUGAGGCCCUCAGAGCCCAAACCAUCACCAAAACCGCUGAAUCUUGUCUCCAGCGUCACCAUGUCAAAGAACCUCCCGUCUGUCUCGCCCCCCAACUUACCUCAGACGCCCACCACGCCCACCGCUCCAGUCACACCCCUUUCCCAGAUGCCCCAGGUGCCCAACGUCCUCAGUCCCGCCAAUGUACCCAGCAUGGGCGCCAUGCGCAGACGCCACACCGACAAAUACUCCAUGUCCUUGUCCUCAGAGAUCGCCCCAAACUACGAGUUUUACAAGAACGCUGACGUCAGGCCACCGUUUACUUAUGCAACCCUCAUCAGGCAGGCUGUCAUGGAGUCAGGUGACAUGCAGCUAACGCUCAACGAAAUCUACAGCUGGUUCACGCGCACCUUCGCCUACUUCAGACGCAAUGCCGCCACCUGGAAGAAUGCAGUGCGACACAACCUCAGCCUGCACAAGUGUUUCGUCCGAGUGGAGAACGUAAAGGGCGCCGUGUGGACCGUGGACGAAAUGGAAUAUCAGAAACGCAGAUCUCAGAAGAUAACAGGGAGCCCAACGCUGGUCAAGAACCUGCCAUCCAGUCUGGGUUAUGGGGCAGCUCUCAACGCCAGCUUACAGGCUGCGUUGGCGGAGACCUCUUUGCCGUUGCUGGGUAAUCCAUGCUUGAUGAAUAGUGCGUCAGGUAUGAUGGGGGCGAGUCCUCCAGGACUGAUGAGCGGCAGCCCAACCGGCCUAUUACAGGGCAGCAUGCAUGAAGAUCUCAACGGCACACUAGAUCACCUGGACACUAAUGGACACAGCAGUCCCGGAUACUCCCCACACACCCAGCUGCCUCCAAUUCACGUCAAGGAGGAGCCACUAAACAUGGACGACGAGGACUGUCCGAUGUCAUUGGUGACCACAGCCAAUCACAGUCCUGAGCUGGAUGAUGACCGGGAGCUUGAGGAGGGCAACCUAUCGGAGGAUCUGGAAUGACUAUUUUGCCCCACCCCUCUGCCGGGGCUCUGCCCCUUUCAGGCCCCGCCCCUCAACUAAUCCACAACCACCGCGAACGCAAAAAGACUGGAAGCAGCAGGCGGGAGUAUUUAUUUAGCAUGCAUCUGGAGACUGGCCCGAAGAAAAUCUAUAGC